AUGGCCGCUCAAGCUCAGCAACUCCAGCAGAAGGUGGAAUACUUCAUCGCUCAGAUCGACAAAGAGCUUUCCAGGUACCCCGCUCUGAAGAAGUUUGAGCAGACCGUCCCCGUCCCCAAGGCCUACGCUGCCAUUGGUGCUUUCGGUAUCUUCACUCUUUUCGUCUUCUUCAACAUUGCCGCUGGCUUCUUGACCAACCUGCUGGGCUUCUUCGUUCCCGCCUACUUCUCGCUCAAGGCGCUCGAGAGCCCCCAGCCCCAGGACGACAUCCAGUGGCUCACCUACUGGGUCGUGUUCGGCAUGUUUACCUUCCUCGAGACCUUCAUCAACAUCGUGCUUUACUACGUCCCCUGGUACUACACCAUCAAGACGCUCGCCAUCGUCUGGCUCAUGCUUCCCCAGACCCAGGGCGCCAAGAUGGUCUACAGCAAGGUCAUCCGACCCGCUUUCCUCACCACCCAAAAGACCGUGCACCAGGCCAACGCAAGUACUCCUGCUGCUCCCGCCGAGACCCACUAA